CUAUUGUCGCUACGAUUGGAUCAAUUGAGUGACAAACAAACGGAGCAAACAUUUGGGUCACAAAAAUUGAGACAAAAGAGAGUCUAUAAGAAGUCAAAGAAAUCACGAAAAGUAGUGAAACGAGAAGACAAUGAAGUGGUGACUAAUGAAGACUCGGAUGAGAGGAAGACAUCGACGACAGACACAGACGUCAAGAGUAUUAAAGACAAUAAAAGACGUAAACCAUUGAAACGAAAAUCCAGACAAUUAUUGUCUUUGAAAACAAACUCAAAACCGAUUGAAUGCAAAGUCUGUGACUUUCGGUGUCUAAACUCUGGAGGAAUGAUGACUCACAUGCGAUCACACGACCCGUCGUUUGCGGUCAGGAGUCGCGAACGAUGUGAAGAGAUUAACCGCCGGUGUUAUGACUCGACCACAAAGACCUAUACCUGCUAUCGAACCGAUUGCCAGAAGGUAUGCAAAAACUUCCGGUCAAUGAGACGUCACUUGAGUUGUGUCCACUCGAGUCGCGACGUUGUCUGCGAUUAUUCCGAAUGUAAUAAACUGUUUAAAUCGGAAAAACAAAUGCGAUUACACUUCAAGACAGUCCACACAACAGACAAACCCUUUAAGUGUCCGCACAAUGAAUGCGGACAACAAUUUACAAACAAACAGCGAUUGGACCGCCAUUUGGACAGUCAUACAGACACUGGUCAGCCAUUUGUAUGCGAUUUCAUCGGCUGUCAGAAGCGCUAUAAGAAUGAAAUGUCGCUUAAGACACACAAACGGAUCCAUUUGAGUGAACCGACCAUUAAAUGCACUGUCGAGGGCUGUGGUCAACGGUUCCACGAGUACAAGUAUAUGGUUAAACACCGGCAGACCGUCCACUCUGUGCCCCGUUAUAUACGUCGGCGACCGCCCGCACACUGCAUACCUUGUCAGUGGCCGGGCUGUGACUUUACCGCCAAAAGUAACACCGGUUUGAGUCGUCACCUGCGGACACAUACCGGCGAAAAGCCGUAUGUCUGCGAUUGGCCCGAAUGUGGUAAACGCUUCACCGGAUCCAACACUUUGAAAGACCACAUGAAUAUACACAAUAACCUGAAGCCAUACGCCUGUCAUUGGCCCGGAUGUCAGUACCGGUGCAGUUAUUUCCCUGGUAUAAGAAUACACUGGAAUCACGUCCACAACAAG